GGGGGCAUGAGCGGCCCCGCGGCCCCUCCGCGCCCCCGCCGCCCGCCGCCGCCCGCCCGGGGCUAGAGGCGGCCGCCGGGAGGGCGCGCGGCGCCGGAGACAUGUCCAGGAGGAAACAGAGCAACCCCCGGCAGAUCAAACGUUCCCUUGGAGACAUGGAGGCCGGAGAGGAGGUGCAAUUGGUAGGCACCAGCCACACGGAGCAAAAGGCCACGGCGCCUGAAGCCCCGAGCCCUCCCAGUACAGAUGUUAGCUCACCCCCACCGCCGCCGACCCCCACAUCCCCAGGAGGCCCCAAGGAGCUGGAAGGACAGGAACCGGAACCCAGGCCCACGGAGGAAGAGCCGGGCAGUCCCUGGAGCGGGCCAGACGAGCUGGAGCCGGUGGUGCAGGAUGGGCAGAGGCGUGUACGGGCCCGACUCAGCCUCGCCAUGGGCCUGUCCUGGGGCCCGUUCCACGGAAGUGUCCAGACUGGAGCCUCGUCCCCCGGGCAGGUGGAGCCGAGCCCAGCCCUGACCCUGCUGCUGGUGGACGAAGCCUGCUGGCUGAGGACGCUGCCCCAGGCCCUGACCGAGGCCGAGGCCAACACAGAGAUCCACAGGAAGGAUGACGCGCUCUGGUGCAGGGUCACCAAGCCGGUGCCCGCAGGGGGACUCCUGAGCGUGCUCCUCACAGCCGAGCCCCGCAGCACCCCCGGCCACCCUGUGAAGGAGGAGCCAGCAGAGCCCACGUGCCCGGCCCCCACACACGACCUCCAGCUCCUGCCCCAGCAGGCCGGGAUGGCCUCCAUCCUUGCCACCGCAGUGAUCAACAAAGACGUCUUCCCCUGCAAGGACUGUGGCAUCUGGUACCGCAGCGAGCGCAACCUGCAGGCGCACCUGCUCUACUACUGUGCCAGCCGCCAAGGCGCUGGCUCCCCGGCCGCAGCUGCUACGGAGGAGAAGCCCAAGGAGACCUACCCCAACGAGCGCGUCUGCCCCUUCCCCCAGUGCCGCAAGAGCUGCCCCAGCGCCAGCUCCCUGGAGAUCCAUAUGCGCAGCCACAGCGGAGAGCGGCCCUUCGUGUGCCUCAUCUGCCUGUCGGCCUUCACCACCAAGGCCAACUGCGAGCGGCACCUCAAGGUGCACACGGACACGCUGAGCGGUGUCUGCCACAGCUGUGGCUUCAUCUCCACCACAAGGGACAUCCUCUACAGCCACCUGGUCACCAACCACAUGGUCUGCCAGCCAGGCUCCAAGGGUGAGAUCUACUCGCCAGGGGCCGGACACCCAGCAACCAAGCUGCCCCCAGACAGUCUGGGUAGCUUCCAGCAGCAGCACACGGCCCUGCACGGCCCCCUGGCCUCCGCGGACCUGGGUCUGGCGCCCACCCCAUCGCCAGGACUGGACAGAAAGGCCCUGGCAGAGGCCACCAACGGAGAGGCCCGAGCGGCCCCCCAGAAUGGAGGCAGCAGCGAGCCCCCGGCGGCCCCCAGGAGCAUCAAGGUGGAGGCGGUGGAGGAGCCGGAGGCCGCCCGUGCCCCGGGCACCGGAGAGCCUGGGCCUCAGGCCCCGUCGCGGACGCCGUCGCCGCGCAGCCCCGCCCCGGCCAGGGUGAAGGCCGAGCUGUCCAGCCCCACGCCGGGCUCCAGCCCGGUGCCAGGCGAGCUGGGCCUGGCCGGGGCCCUGUUCCUGCCGCAGUACGUGUUCGGGCCCGAUGCGGCGCCCCCAGCCUCGGAGAUCCUGGCCAAGAUGUCCGAGCUGGUGCACAGCAGGCUGCAGCAAGGCGCGGGCGCGGGACCCGGCGGCGCGCAGACCGGGCUCUUCGCGGGGGCCCCCAAGGGCGCUACGUGCUUCGAGUGCGAGAUCACCUUUAGCAACGUCAACAACUACUACGUGCACAAGCGCCUCUACUGCUCGGGACGCCGCGCGCCCGAGGACGCACCCCUGGCCGGCCCGGGGGUCGAGGCCCGGACGCCGGCCGACCGCGGCCCCUCGCCCGCACCUGCGCCCGCCGCCUCCCCGCAGCCCGAGCCCCGCGGCCCCCGGGACGGCCUCGGCCCGGAGCUCCAGGAGCCGCCGCCGGGCCCGCCCCCGUCCCCGGCCGCCGCGCCCGAGGCCGUGCCGCCCCUUCCGGCGCCCCCCUCCUACUCGGACAAGGGCGUCCAGACCCCCAGCAAGGGCACGCCGGCGCCCCUACCCAACGGCAACCACCGGUACUGCCGCCUUUGCAACAUCAAGUUCAGCAGCCUGUCCACCUUCAUCGCCCACAAGAAGUAUUACUGCUCCUCGCACGCCGCCGAGCACGUGAAGUGAGCGCCCACACUACAGCCGCAGACGCUUUGCACGCCCCCGGGCGAGGCGGGGUGGGGGUCCGUCCCCAGGCCGUACGGACUCUUGCUCCUGGGAACCCCGCCACGCACAGACCUCGGCGGAGGGGCUCGCAAGGGACAGCGCCCGCCUGGACCCUUGGCACUUAAUAAAGAAGUACAGUUUGAUGAG